AUGCAACAAGCUCUAGUAUGGCAAUCCAUUCAAGCGUACAAGAUUCCCAUCCUCGAAAUCUCUCUCGCCGUCUCCCUCACUCUGCUCUCGACGGUUCUCCGAUUCCCGGCCUUGUUACUCCACGGCCUCCUCACUUACAUCCAGCCCGAUAAUGCCCCCAGCCAGAACGGCGGCGUCAAGGCCGCUAUCCGACGACCCUCCGACGGCAACGCCGAGCCGAAGCCGAGGAAGGGUAAAUCCAAGGAGAAAUUCGAGUUCGACGAAAACCAAGCCCAGAUCUUUAGGCUAAAACUCGACGAGGGUCAUCUCCAGUCUCGCCUCUACUUCAAGGAUUACUGGUAUUCCUUCACUUAUUCUCUCAUUUCCCUCGCUUGUUUGUCUCUCCACAAGUACUUGGCCGCCGGGGAAGGGGGAGAAGAACGCGAUGGUGGGGCUUUUGUUAAUGGGUCGUUAAUUCCGGCGAUUCUGAUCCUCGUUUGUAUUUUGAAGUUGUUUGUGUCGCUGGGUAAAGUUUCGUUUGAGAGAUCAGCGUCCAAGAGAUCGGAGAAGCGAUUUGGUUUAGUGGUAGGGGUUUUGGGGUUUGUGUUAGGGUUCAUCGUUUGUUCCGGGUUUGCUGGCUCGGUCCUUGAUUUUGAUCUGAAUUCACUUGAUGGGUAUGGAAAGUUCUUCAUUGCGUUCCUGAUGGGCUGCAUUGGUGGAUUUCUGUACAUGGCUGCUGGCAAGAAUGCGCGAUCGUUUUGGAUUGGGACAGAUCAGACUCGAUCUAAUCUCUCAAUAAUAUCAUGUGGUGGUUUUGCUAAAAUGAUCCUAUACGGAAACUACAUUUCGGUUGCCCUUCCCGUUCUGCUUUGGAUUCGUCCCUUAUCCGAGAUCCUUUACAAGAAAGACUCUGGAAAUGCUGACCAAUUGGUGGGGAGAUUGGGUUUUGCUCGAUCCGAGUUUGUUAAUCUACGAAUUUGGAGCCUGGUAGCUUCAGCUUGCUUCCAACUUGUGGCCAUAAGACCGAAUCUGCAGAUGUUCUUGAAUGAAGCCGUGCUGUCUUGGUACCAAAGGUUGCAUGCUAGCAGAGUUCCUGAUCUGGACUUCAGUAGAGCUAAAGUUUUCCUGCACAAUCAUUUCUUGUGCCUCGUGGGCCUGCAGUUCUUCGCUCCACCUAUCCUGGUACUUCUCUUCCUUGGCUUGUCUCUGAUUGAUGGAAACUCGGUGAAGAAUAAUAUGCAUAUGUUUUGUGGAUUGCUGCCUUGCUCUGCUUUUACCAAAGAAGUUGGCGUGUUUAUGGCGUGGUGGGUUGUCUUUGUUUGGACAGUCUUCACUUCGAUUAGCCUGUUGUUUUACAGAAGAGGCACUCUAUCCGUUUCGUGA